AGUAAAGUGACAACUUUAUGAAGGACUUUCAUUUCAUCGGAUAACAUAAGUAUUAGCGUUGCUUUAAUUAGCAGAGAAAUUAAUUUUUUUAGGUGCUAAAGCACAAAAGAGUAUAAAUUUAUAUUUUUUGUUAAAUAUAAUGGCUAGAGGACAUCAAAAAAUUCAGUCACAACAAAAGGCUCAAGAAAAACAGCAAAAAAUAAAGAAACAACAAGGCCACAGUGCUAACGACCAAAAGAAGGCAGCUCAAAAAGCCCUUGUGCACAAUUGUGCCGUUUGCAAAGCCCAAAUGCCUGAUCCAAAAACGUACAAACAGCAUUUUGAAAAUAAACAUCCCAAAAAUGAAUUGCCAGAGGAGUUGAAAGAAUUUUAACAUGUGUGUGCUUAAACGGCGUUAUUAAUAAUUAUUCUAUACCAUAUACAAUAGCUAAGUUGUUGAAGCAAUAAUUCAAUCUAAUAUAUUUAUAAAUGUAAAUUAUUCUGUGGUAUUGGUUUUUUAUAAAUUUCCUUUAUACUGAAUAUAAAUUAAAUUUUAUGAAGUUCUAAUUAAAGUAUUGUAUGUAUAUGUAUAAAAUUAAGCUUAA